UCUCCCAGUACUGGAAGAGCUGCAUAACUUCUCAUAUAUUAACUGAUUGAAUAAUUUUUCCUCACAUCCACCAGACAAAACAGACUGGAUUUCUAGUGCAGACUGCAGAAGGUGAUACCUGCUCUGUACAAUAAGCACUGAUUUAGAGAGUCUUGUCCUAGUCCUCUUUCCGUGUGACACAAACAACAAUUCAGGAGAGAAAAAUGGAAAACAGUGAAGAGGGACAAAACACAAGUGAUGCAUCAGAAUUUGAUGACCAUAAUAUGGAUUAUAUUUUAUUUAAUGAAUUUUGUAAAUAUAAGACUGUGAUCAAAUUUGGAUCCAUUGUAGUUCCCGUAUUCUUCACCACUGUGGUCCUCCUCAGUCUCCUUGGUAACGUCCUGGUUCUGGUGAUCCUUGGACUCUUUGAAAACCUCAAAUCACUGACCAACAUCUUUAUCCUCAACUUGGCUCUGUCUGACCUGAUCUUCACGCUUGGACUUCCGUUUUGGGCCUGUUCCUACAUCUGGGGCUGGACCUUUGGUGAUUUUAUGUGCAGAAGUGUGAACUUUGUCUUCUCUGUUGGAUUUCAUAGCAGCAUUGUGUUCCUGAUGCUGAUGACCAUUCAGCGCUACAUAGCAGUGGUCCAUCCUCUGUUUGACUGGAACGGGUGGCAGAAUUUUUCAGUGAUUCCCAUCGUUGCUUGGGUGUUUAUCUUUGCAUCAGCAUUACCAGCCGUAGUGUACAGUGAAGUCAGAGCUGAGCCAGACUCUAACAAACUUUACUGUGCAUACAACAGCUUUAAAGCUGCCAUCGGUGUUACAUAUCAACAGAACAUUUUGUUUGUUGUUGCCUUUUCAGUCAUGGGUUUUUGCUACAUAAGAAUUAUUCAGACCAUCCUCAGGUCCCAGAGAAACAGCAAACACAGGACUAUAAGAGUUAUCUUCUGUGUUGUGGUGGUGUUCUUUCUAGGUUGGGCUCCUUAUAACAUUGUGAUAUUUCUGCAGACCUUAACUCAUCAGCAGAUCGAGCCUUUUGCAGAGUGUGAUGUCUCGAUUAAGCUUGACUUUGCGCUUUAUGUCUGCAAACUGUUGGCUUUUGCCCACUGCUUUCUUAAUCCAGUACUUUAUGUUUUUGUUGGUGAAAAAUUCCGGAAUCAUUUGAAGAAGCUUCUACAGAAAAUUGAAUCGAUGUGGACUUCCAUUAAAUGGGAAUGGUAGAAAUUCAUUCUGACAGU